AUGCCCCAGGUGAACGGCUCGCCGGCCGCUAGAACAGGCAUACCCACACCCAAGGCUUCUCGGAUACGGCCCCCAACCGUGGGUACCCCGUCUGCAUUGCGCGCCGCCGUCCCGCCAUCGCUAGACACUCCGGGGACACCUUCUCGCGUUCCACACGCUGGCGCGCGACCGAGUCUUACGCGUCCACCGCCCGCGGCCUCCCCCGGGACUCCUGCAAAGGACAAGCCGCCCAGUCGUUCCAGCACCCCGGUGCGCACUGCAUCGCCUGCGAGACCCGCGCCAACGCUGAAGAAGUCCUUGCCCCAGCUUCGCCCUGAACUCGCACAACCGUCUUCCGCCCCGCCGCUUCCCUCCCCCGCGGUCGAGCCACCACCGAAGCCUCCUCGCGAUGCGCGUAGAGCCGAACCGCCGCAACCUCCCGAGUCUGCCCCCAAGUCACAGGAGUCCGAGGCGGAUGUGCUCAAGGCGCGUCUCCAGUCCCUCGAAACACAGUACCGCGUCCUCCAGUUGGAGCAUGCGCGGUGCGCUCCACGCGUCGCGCGGGCUCCCAACCUUCCCGCUGGUGUCAGUGCCGACAAGGUGCUUGACUUGCUAUAUGAUCGCGCGACGCUCGGCGCCAUCGUGCACGCCAUGCCCAAGGUGCAGCGUAUGAGCUUGCUCGGCGUCAUGGCUGAUGCCUGUCGGCCUGGCGACAUACAGGAGCAGAUUGACCUGCUCGAGCGGAUGAAGGAGGCUCGCUCCGGCGUCCUUGGGCGCAUGGACGACGAGUUGGUGAUCCGCACAGUCCAGUUUCUGCCUAGACAUGAUAUCCUCAACCUCCGCCUGGUGGGAAAACGAUACGAUCGGCUGGCCACGCUCCCGGAUGUAUGGCGACCCCUGUGUAAAGAACUGGAGGCGACAUGGGACGGCACCAUUGAUCUCAGCAACUACGGCCUUGCAGAGGACGGCGACUGGCUUGGGCUGUACAAGCGUCUGUGGCAGCGCGAGAAGCAGUGGACCAACGGACAAGUGCAGAGCCUCGUUGUGCUCAACGGGCACCGCAACUAUGUCACGUCGUUGCAUCUCGCAGGCGAAACGCUCAUCAGUGGCUCUUACGACGACACCAUCCGCAUCUGGCACUUGCCUUACGCUGUCACGUCUGCCAAAGCCGUGCCACCACCGCAGAUCAUCCCCGCCAAGUCGGUCUCGAGUCUCGACUACUACGCGCCUGAGCAGGUGCUUGUAACAGGAUCGCACGAUGUGGGGCGAGCAACAUUGUGGCGGCAGGUCGACGGCGAGUGGAAGGCAGACCGCCUUCUGUCUGGCCAUCUUCACGGCACGCGCGCGGUCGCCAUCAACGCACAAUGGAUGAUCUCGGUGGGGUCGGACAAGGCGAUCGUUGUCUGGGACUGGCGCACCGGCAACAAGGUCGUGCGGUUCGGCCAGCAAACCAACGUCUGCAUCGGGAUGAACUUGCUCGACAACUUCAUCAUCACCGCCACUGUCGACGGUGUGAUACGCAGCUUUUCAAUCCAGAAGCGCGAGAUGCUGGGCUCGUUUAAGCUGUCCGAUCUGGCGGCCAGGCAGCCAGAGUACGCGUCUAAGCUCAAGGAUGUUGGCGUCGGCGCCCUCGGCAUGCUGACAUGGUUCGAGGCGGAGGGCCGCUUCAUGGCGUGCGCAACGAAGGAUAUCGUCAUCCGCCUCGCGUGGGACUGGGCCACGCCCGAAGAACAGCAGGAGAUGGAGAAUGGAGUGCCAUCUUCGAUGAGCCCUGGCAAAGAUGCGGCUGCCACUCCAGCGCGCCCCCGGCUCAGCACGGGCGUUGCAUCUUCUCCCGGCCCACAGUCGCCAGCCACGCCUCGCCGUGCCGCCGCAAGUCCGGUGCACAAAACGCCGCACACCGGCUCCAAGCUGAUUGACACGUUGACGAACGUAAACGAUGAUGUGGCCGCCACGAGCGGAACUGCGUCAAAGUACGCAUUCAUGCGUCCACCACGCAUCGUCGAAAUCCUCGACAUAGCUGGCACGGAGCGCGGCGCGUUCGAGGCGGGCCGUGUGCGUAUAAUAACCAGCCGCCGACUCUCGGCCAAGGCAGGUGCGGAGCGGCGUGUAAUAGUUGGCACGGAGCGGCUGGGCGAGAAUGGUGAGCCCACCAUGAAGCUCGUGUCCCUUGGCGGAAAGUGGGAUACUCAGGGCCGCGAGGCAGGCCUGCACACUGCCGCCAAGAACCCAAUGAGUCUGGCUUUGGACCACGACAAGCUGGUUUAUGGAUGUACCGACGGAUCCAUCGUCGUCGCGGGCUUUGUAGGGGCGAACGGCGUCGUGAAACCAGCGGCGAGCUCUACUCCGAGCGCACCCGCUCCACGGAAGAGUCUGAGGAAGUCUCCUUAG